AUGUUGGCCGAUAAAAGUCUCUUGUCAAAAUAUACUACUAUAUUUCUGAUAGUUAGCGGUUAUUGGAUUGUAUCAAUAUCUACUGUGUUUGUGAACAAGACCUUACUUAGCGAUAUAAAUCUAGAUGCUCCAAUGUUCAUCGCUUUAAGCCAAACAUUAAUCACUGCACUGAUAUGUUAUUUAAAAAAAAUGCUUAGUGUAUUGUAUCCAAAUAAAUUUAAAUUCCCUGAUAUUGACAUUUGGGAUGGACACACUAUGAAAUCUGUUUUGCCAUUAUCAGUAUUAUUCACAAGUAUGAUAGCCACAAAUAAUUUGUGUUUAAAAUAUGCCUCUGUAGCAUACUAUUAUAUUGGUAGAUCACUAACUACAAUAUUCAACGUAUUGUUUACAUAUUUAAUAUUAGGAGAGACGACAUCAAAGAGAUGUAUUUUAUGUUGUGGUAUUAUAAUUUUUGGAUUUUGGUUGGGAGUUGAUCAGGAGAAUUUAGCUGGUAGCUUAUCAAUAGCUGGAUUUGUUUUUGGAAUUUUGGGUUCCUUGUCUCUUUCAUUGUAUUCAAUAUUCACUAAAAAGGUUUUGCCAAAAGUAAAUGGAGAGAUAUGGGCAUUGUCUUAUGCAAAUAAUGUUUAUGCAUCUAUAUUGUUAGUUCCUACAAUGAUAUUCAAUAGAGAAUUGUCAGAGCUAAUGAACUAUCCUGGGUUCUCUGACUAUUAUUUUUGGUUUAUUAUGACAAUAGGAGGUAUCUGUGGAUUUAUGAUAGGAUUUUUUACCACUUUACAAAUUAAGUAUACCUCAGCUUUAACACACAACAUUUCUGGUACAGCUAAAGCAUGUGCUCAAACUGUAUUAGCCACCUUUUGGUAUAAUGAAACAAAAUCAUUCCUUUGGUGGAGCUCAAACGCUAUAGUGUUAGCUGGGAGUGCUUGUUACACUUGGAUAAAACAAAGAGACAUGGAGAGGCGGCACAGAGAACAUGUCAUGUACGAAAAAGUAUGAUAGUGUCCUUGCGAUUGUUUAGGAGAAGGUUCAUAUAAGUUUAAUUAUUAUUAUUCAGACAUUAACGUACUGUCAGUUUGUUUCCUUGCAUUUAAUAUAUAAAUAUAUUUACAUAUAGUUGCUGUUUGUAAAAUUCGAAUUAAUUUCACAAAUGGGAUUAAUCCUCCAAAUAUUUCUCUGUAAAACUGAACUAUGCACAAGUAUUUUGAUAAAGCCAGGGCUAUUACCACCCUUGUACGGUGGACCAAGUCUUUUUAAAAGGAUCUAUAAAAUGUAAAUUUUAUGUUAGAAAUAGUAACUAUAGUAGUAUAAUUGGGUGUUUUCCACAUUUUCAGAUACUAAUUUUUUUUUUGCAAGAAAUCAUUAACUAUAGCAAUUUAAAAAAAGUGAUAUGAAUUUGGUGGACAGCCGUGACAUGUUAAACUAGGUCUCAGUUGUGCCAUCUAUUAAUAGGAAGCGCAACUAAAAUCUCAAUUCUCAAUACUUCUUUUAUGUAGAAAUAGAAGGACAGAUGGAAGUUAUAUAAAUAAGAAAUUUUCUGUAAUAACAUCCAUAGUCUAAUAUUUCACAAUUUGAUGAAAAUGGCGUAUAUUCCAAAAAAAUUUUUUACAUCGAAUAAAAAUUAUGUAAAGAGUUAUCAGCAAAAUCUCAACAUUAAUUUUAAUUGUAGAAUGGUGUCAGUGACAAAACACUACACAUUUUUUUAAGCUUUUAUGUAUUUUUAUAAAAACAAACUGAAAAUUAAUACAUUCUCUUGAAUAAGUUGAGAUUAGUUAUUAUAUUUUUAAUAUGGAAAAAAAUGUAAUCGUAAUUUACCAGUUCACCUAUCACUCUUUAUAAAAACAUGCUGAAGUAAAUAUGAAUACCAGCCCUAACAACUAAAUGUUGGGACAAGUUAAUAUUUCGAAUAUAAUACAAUGGCUUAUCAAAACGACUGAAUUAUUUUGUUUAUACUUUUAAAUACAAACAACAAUAUAUCCUAGACCAUUUGAAAACGUUUUUAUGCCUUGGUAAAGCAAUCGAUAUUAACAGUGGAGUACUUUGUCAUUUAAGGGUCAAAUUUGCUGACAACUAAAUGUUGGGACUAGCACAAAUCUUGCAGUUAAAAUGUUUAGUUAUAGGAGCUUUGGUAUAAACGUCAAAAUUAUUUUGUUUGCCCACUGACAGUUGGUCAUUAAUGCAAAACAUUAAGUAGUGAUGUUAGUAAUCGUUAACAGAUUUAAAUUUCAUUAAUUUAAUCAAAAUAAUGGGUCGUGGAAAGGCUACGAACUAGAAAUUCAUGAAAUUAUUAUUCAGCAAUACCAUACGGGUAAAACAAUGCGUAAAAUUGCUAGUGAUUUAACUAUUCCAAAAAGCACAGUAUAUAAUAUAGUAAAAAAAUGUGGUGAGACUGCUAAUAUGGAUGUUCAGGGCAAAAGUUCGGGAAGACCAAAACUUGUUUCUCAAAGAGAUUUGCGAAAUUUAGUCAAAAUAUGCAAGUCAGUGAGAAGAAGCACCCUUCGAGAAAUAACUGCUCAAUGGAAUACGGCAACUGGAUUAAAUAUAUCUAGAGAAUGUUGCGAAAAUAUAUUCAUAACUGUGGUCUGAGGUUUUACAAGGUAUGUUUAAUUUUGAAUGGCUCAUACAGUAUCAAAAGUCUCAUAAAAUAGUUUAUUUAGGCUAAAGAAAAACCGCUGUUGACAGAAGUUCAAAAGAAAAACCGAUAUAAUUGGGCAAUAUCUAAACUACUCUAGACAGAAAAUGAGUGGAACAAAAUAAUAUUUAGUGAUGAGGCUAAAUUUGAUGUUUGCGUUGGAGACCAUCGUAAACAAAUAAUACGGAAUAAAACAGAAGCCUUCUAUAAAGAUUGCCUGAAAAGGGAUGUUAAGUUUCCAAAGGGAAUUAUGGUUUGGGGCUACAUGUCGGCAAGGGGUUUAGGUAUAUUAAAAUUUAUAGAGGACAUUGUAAAUGCCCAAAAAUAUCAAGAUAUUCUUCAAACCGUACUUUUACCUAGUGCCCAAAAACUGUUUCUUGACAAUGAUUUCAUAUUUCAACAAGAUGGAGCAUCAUGUCAUUCAGCAAAAUCAACCAAAAAAUGGUUUGGUGACAGUAAUAUAAAGGUUUUAUCCCAUCCAGCCAGCAGUCCAAAUCUAAAUGUGAUAGAAACCGUAUGGCAUAAAAUGAAACAAUACUUAAAAAACCACCCCCCAACGCACAACUUCUGAUUUACGGACAAAACUACAAGAGAUAUGGGACAAUCUUUUCUGUUGAAAAGUGUCAAUCUUUGGUCAAUACAAUGCUUGCAAGAGUCCAAGCAGUUGUUAAAGCUAAGGGUGAUGUGUGUGUGUUAAAUUUAGUUUUAUUCUCGAAUUGUCUCAAUAUUUAGUUGUCAGCAAAUUUGUCCCUUAAGUGACAAAGUACUCCACUGUUAAUAUCGAUUGCUUUAUCAAGGCAUAGAAACAUUUUCAAAUAGUCUAGGAUAUAUUGUUAUGUUGGUAUUUAAAAGUAUAAACAAAAUAAUACAGUCGUUUUGAUAAGCCAUUGUGUUAUUUCCGAAAUAUUAGCUUGUUCAACAUUUAGUUGUUAGGGCUCCUAGAUUUAUUUUGUAAAUGUUUUUAUUUUAAAAUUAAAUAAAUGUUAAUUAAUUGUAAGCAUAUAAACUUACUUAAAUUUGAUUUAUUUUGUCUUAAAAAUAUUUGUUUUUACGUGUUGCCGUUUUGGUGUGAUAAAGACAAGUCCAAAUUUCAGUGCAGAAGAAAGAUACUCGCUAAAAUACCGCUGAGAGAUUGCAAAUAAAAAUGUAGUCUGCGAAAACAGUUUGCGCAAGUCACAAUUUGUAUAAACAUGUAACCAGGGGCCUAUUUUUUCAACUUUUCACCCAUUAUUUUUCUCUUUUUGGGCUUUUUUUCAGUUUUAUCAUUUUUAUGGUUUAUGGUUUCAAAAAAGUGAGAGCAAAAAGAUGAAAAGUGAAGAGUAUUUAUUAUGUUCUCCUUCUCGUUUUCAAUUAGGUACCGAAAAACGAAAAAUGAAGAGUAAUUUUGUUUCUUAAUCUACAAUACUUUUUAAAUCGUACUUUUAAAAGUAAAAGUAAUUUUCUAAUCAUCUUUGGAGUCAUUUGAAGUAACUGAUAUACAUACCUAUCUUAGUGCAAGUUAAGUUGUAAACAUAAACCUCAAAUGAAUGUUAAGUUGUCACUCUUUAUUGUCUAGAAAUUGUUUUUUAUCUAAACCAAAGGUGUUCACACGGUCGAUCGCGAUAGCAUCAGAAGUCGAUCGCGAAGACAUACCCAUAUUCCCUAAAUAAAUUACCUUCAAAUGGAAUUAUAAAGCAACCGCUUUCGUCAGCCACUCAUACGGUGGCAUAAUAAUAAUAUUUAAUUAAUUCCUUAUUAUUACAUUAACUUGGAGUUACACGGAAAAAUAAAACUAUUACCGAUUGAUUAGCCCAAUAAUCGCUUUUAUAAGUAAAUUAGUGAUUAGUCGACCAAAUAUGAAAGAUUGAAAAAUUUUCCGGUUUUGAAAGCAAAGGCCAGUCGUCAGUUAAAUUUAUGAGACAGAAAUAAGAAAUACUCUGAAUGAAUUUGAAAGAAGGUUUUCCGAUUUUAACAAAUUGACGAAUAUUAUAACUAUCAUAAGCUAUCCGUUUUCUUGUGCAGACAUUGAAAAAUGUGCUACUGGAAUAUCAAACGCCUUCAAGCAAGACUUGUCUUUUGUGGAAAAUGAGGUAUUACAGAUGAUUUCAGAUAUACUUACAUCUCAAAGCAAUAGCAAGUGAUCCAAAAUCUUUUAUAUCUGAAGAUAAAUGUCCACGUUUAAAACAAAUUGCGCUUCAAAUAACUGGAUCAACUUAUCUAUGCGAAUUUGCGUUUUCUGAAAUGAAAAUUAUUAAAUCCAAAUAUCGCAGUUGGCUUACUGACGAACAUUUGUCAUCGUUUUUGCGAUUGUCAAUCAGCAAUCACAUGCCAUCUUAUGAAAUGUACGCUGAUGACAUGCAAUGCCAUGCAUCGACAUCCAAAGAUGUCGAUACUUCUUAGCGACAUAUAAUUCAAUUUUUUUGCGGUAGAUCGCCGAUAGUACAAGUCUGAGCACCCCUGAUCUAAACUAUUAACUGACAGGUCUUACUUUGAUAUAUUGAAAAUGAAUACUUUCCAGAUAUUUGUUUACAGCAACUCUUUGUUGACAUGUAACGUAGAAUCAAUCUGUUUUUAAAAUUUGGCCAAGUAUUUUAGUUACAUCCUGUACGUGUCUAUUUAAGAGAAGAAUUAUUCAUACCUCUAAAAUGUAUUCUCUGCAGCAUUCUUCCUUUUAUAAGUUGCUCAGCCUUCUUUUUUAAUCUGUUUAUGAUUCAUUAAACCAAAAAUGAUCCAGCAAAUUAUUUUGAAUGCAAGAUUACUACCGGUUCCAAUACUUAAUGAAAAAUUAUUCAAAUUGAUUUUUUGCUGAUAGACAAUAUUCUUUACAAAAUGUUGUGCAUAGUUGAAAACUAAAUGACAUAAGGUACUAUUUUUUAAAAAGCAGAAAUACUCUUCUACUUUACAGUUUUCAAAAUUAUUGUUCAAAAACCCAAUUUAUAUGUACAUUGAGGGUGCAGAUUGAAAAUUGAUAACUUAGAGCUUCAUCCAACACAUAACAUUAAUGUAGAAGGCAUUUUCUAUAAAACAGAAAAGUACUUCUCAAAAAACGGGCCCUAGGGCUUCAUGUGAGAAUUGAGAGAAAUAUUUUGAUCUCGAGAGACAUCUAUGAAUAAAUAGUACAACCUUCAAAACUUUCAAUGUUGAAAACUGUGUAUGUAAAUGUGCUUUUAAAAUGAAUCCCGAGUCUAAUUCGGGAAUGUAAAGCAGAAACUACAUAUGAGCAAUCCCAAGUCACAUGCGGGCAGAAGCAUGAAGGGGUUAAACAAAAAAGAAUGCCAUAAUUUUGCAUAAAAUCUCAAGUAUUUGUUUACAUUUUAACUUAGCGCACUUGGCUUUCAUCGCCAAUAGCAAUGUCUUUAAUCUUAAAUAUUCAUUACUACUUAAUGCUUAGGCUAUUAUGAAAAGCUUGGUGGUUCUCAAUGAAUCUUAGUUGUUUAGAUAUUGUGUGUAAUUCAGUACUGGUUGGAGCAUUAGUCCGCCGGGUAGUUGUUUUCCGCAUCAUUUGUUAAUACAAUAAGUAAAUUGAAAUAUAAUAAUUGACGCUUUCUCUGAAAAAAAAGAAGGCAAAAUUUGUGGAUAAGUUUGCUUUUCCUGUAAAAAUUUUAAUUUGAACGAUAAUAUUAAUCAACACAAUGUUUGUGAAUUUUAUGACCAAAAUAAUAAAUAAUAUUUUUUUGUUUGACAUG